AUGCCUGAAGAUUCAUGCAAGACAGUUGGAAGAUAGAGAACAAAUUACUCUAGAUAGUGAAAGAGAGGCAAUUGGUCCUACUGAUGAAGCUGUAAACAACUUGAGCAAAUUUUUGGGCACAGUGGCAAGGAAUUCAGAUUUUUGUCCAUUAAUUUACACAAAUUGAAAGGGGAUUAAAGAUAAAGAAGCCAUUUGGGAAUAUGUUCAAGCUAAAUUCAUUAUUCCAACUGAAGGAAAGAGGAUGGUCCUUGCUCGUAUCAAUGACAACUGGAGAAGGUAUAAGACUACAAUAAAGCAAACUCAUAUUCUGCCAUACAAAUGUGUUAAUGAGAUGCUGAAAAAUCGUCCUAAGAGUAUACCUGAGAGUCAUUUUCGCAAGUUAAUUGCUUAUUGGAGAACUGAGAAAGUUAAGAAAAUGUCUGUGCAGAAUAAGAAAAAUAGGGCACAACAGAAAUUUAGGCAUCGAAAGGGACCAAUAAAUUUUGCAAGAAUACGUGCAAGAUUGAAAUGUUUGUUGAGACUCGCCAAAGCACAAAGGGAAAAUCAUUGGAUGAAGACACUCUGGAUGUUAUUGCACAUUUGCAAGCUGAGAAUAAAAAGUCUAAAGAAUCAGCAAUUAGAGCUUUCCAAUCCAUAUUUGGGAAAGAGAAGGCAGGGAGAGUGCGAUGUCACGGAAGAGUAACCACACCAACUUUGUUGAAGAAAAAUGAGGAAAUUGCCACCCUUAAGUAGCAACAUGCAACUGAGAAAGCAACAUUAGAGAAUAAGGUUGAUGUGAUGCAAAAAGAAGUAGAUGAUCUAAAAUCGCUUGUUAAGAUGAUGCUGCAACAAAAAAGCUCAGGAGUGGACCUUGACAUGUUAGCUGCUCAAUUAGGAAGCACUUUAGGGAAUCCGAACA